UAGUUAGAUACAUCAACUCAAAAGUUUGAUUUAUUUGACCACGCUAACCAUUCCUUUAAUUCACUCUUCUCUAUUAUUCUUCUUUCUCUCUGUGUCGCUCGCUGCAUUCUCAGAUAUCUAUGGCCGGAGAAGGAGAGGGUCCCGCUCCCGCUAUUGGAAUCGACCUCGGCACCACCUACUCCUGCGUUGGGGUGUGGCAGCAUGAUGGUGUCGAAAUCAUCGCCGACGACAAGGGCAACCGUACCACCCCCUCUUACGUUGGUUUCACCAAUUACGGGCGCUUGAUAGGCGAUGCCGCUAAGAAGCAGGUCACCAGGAAUCCCCUCAACACCGUCUUCGAUGCGAAGCGUUUGAUUGGAAGGAAAUUCUCUGAUGCUUCCGUUCAGAGUGACAUGAAACUAUGGCCAUUCAAGGUCAUCUCUGGUCUUGGCGACAAGCCCAUGAUUGUUGUAAACUACAAGAGCCAGGAGAAGCAGUUCACCGCGGAGGAAAUCUCCUCCAUAGUCCUCAUGAAGAUGCGUAAGAUCGCCGAGGCUUACCUCCGCUCCACUGUGAAGAACGCUGUUGUCACUGUCCCAGCAUACUUCAAUGACUCUCAACGCCAAGCCACAAAGGACGCCGGUGCCAUCGCCGGCCUUAACAUCAUCCGUAUCAUCAAUGAGCCCACUGCUGCUGCACUCGCCUAUGGCCUUAACAAGAAGACAGCCCGUGUUGGUGGGGAGGAGAACGUGUUAAUUUUUGACCUUGGUGGUGGUACUUUUGAUGUCUCUCUUCUAACCAUUGAAGAUGGUAUCUUUGAAGUUAAGGCCACUGCCGGUGACACCCAUCUUGGAGGUGAAGACUUUGAUAAUAGAAUGGUUAACCAUUUUGUUCAUGAGUUCAAGCGGGAGCACAAGAAGGAUAUUAGUGGGAAUCCAAGGGCUCUAAGGAGGUUGAGAACCGCUUGUGAAAGGGCAAAAAGAACGCUCUCAUCCACUACACAAACCACCAUUGAGAUUGACUCCUUGUAUGAAGGCGAUGACUUGUACACCACAAUCACUCGUGACAGGUUUGAGGAGCUCAACAUGGUCCUCUUUAUGAAGUGCAUGGUGCCUAUUGAGAAGUGUUUGAGGGAUGCUAAGAUGGACAAGAGUAGAGUCCAUCAUGUUGUUCUUGUUGGUGGGUCUACCCGGAUCCCAAAAGUGCAAUCACUAUUGCAGGAUUUCUUUAACGGGAAGGAGCUUUGCAAGAGCAUCAAUCCUGACGAGGCUAUUGCCUAUGGAGCUGCAGUUCAGGCUGCUAUCAUGACUAGUUUGGGGAAUGAGAAGACUCGAGAACUUCUUUUGGUUGAUGUCACUCCCUUUUCACUAGGUUUGGAAACUGCUGGUGGGGUCAUGACUGUCCUUAUUUCAAGGAACACUACGAUUGCGACAAAGAAGGAGAUGGUUUUCUCAACCCACUCGGACAACCAACCUGGAGUGUUGAUCCAGGUUUACGAGGGUGAUUAUUCUAGGACCAGGGACAACAACUUGUUGGGUAAGUUCGAGCUUUCUGGCAUCACUCUUGCUCCAAAGGGUGUUCCUCAGAUCCAUGUUUGCUUUAGCAUUGAUUUCAAUGGUAUUUUGAGUGUCUCUGCUGAGGAAAAAACUACUGGGCAGAAGAACGAGAUCACUAUUACAAAUGACAGGGGCAGGCUCUCGAAGGGGGAUAUCGAGAAGAUGGCGCAGGAGGCCGAGAAAUACAAUUCUACAAAGCAUGCUCUAGAUCAACCACAAGUAGAACAUAACACUUGCCAUCAAAUUACAAGACCUACCACAAUUUUAAGUUUACAGUCCUUCCCUUCUGGAACCUUUGGGUAUUAUUUCAACUCUACGAAAGAGGCUUCACAAAAACUUAUAGAAGCACUAAAAGAUGAUAAUUGCUCUAUAAUUGGAUUGCAUGGAAAGAAGAGCUCUGGUAAAACAUCACUAGUGAAAGCUCAGAUAAAUGAGUAUGAAAAGAUUUUUCAUAGGGUUAUAUUUCCCACCGUGUCUGAUAACCAAGAUAUCAAGAGCAUUCAAGAGGGAAUUGCCAGCUCUUUGAAUGUGCAUUUCGAAAGAGAUGACGGUGAUGUCGUGAGAGCAAUGAAAAUAAAUUCAGGAUUGGAAAGGAAACAUGGAACUACUCUUAUUAUCUUGGAUGAUUUUCCAACAAAGUCUAAACCACAAGAAUUAGGUAUUCCUUACAAUAGCAAACGACUUAAGGUUCUUUUGACCGCACGUGACGAGAUAGACUGCAUCUUCAUGGGUUGUGACCAUUUGAUUCUUCUGGAGACCUUAUCUCAUGAUGAAGCUUUGGCCCUGCUACAAAAACUUUCAGGUGUUGACUCUUGGUCUGAGCUAUUCUAUAUGGUACAAGAAGUUGCUCUUACAUGUAAUGGCUUACCUGGUUUAAUUAAAGAUGUGGCGUCUUCCUUAAAGAAGAAAUCCAUUGGGAAGUGGGAAGAAUCAUUAGUUAGUCUAAGCCACUCAAAGGCUCGCUACCAAAUUUUUAUCAGUUUUCGAGGAAAGGAUACUCGAGAGAUUUUCACCAAGUAUCUCUAUGAUGCUUUGUGUAAGGAGGGAUUUGAGACCUUCAAAGAUGAUAAAUCAUUGGAGGAUGGAGCCCCAAUUGAGGAACUUCUUGAAGCCAUUGAAGAAUCAAGGUUUGCGAUUAUUGUUUUGUCUCAAAACUUUGCAGACUCAAAAUGGUGUCUUAAAGAACUUGUCAAGAUUCUUGAUUGUCGGAAGAGAAAGAAACAAUUGGUUUUGCCUAUUUUUUAUGAAGUGGAACCAACUGAUGUGAGGCAUCUAAAAGGGAGGUAUGGUGAAGCUAUGGCUGAGCAUGGAAAAGAGUUAGGAAAAGAUUCUAAGACGGUGCUGGAAUGGACACAAGCUUUGAGUGAUAUUUCCUACUUGAAAGGAGAGCCUUAUGAAGGGUAUUAUUUCUUGCUGGGUUUGAACAAAUUUAUUUUACUGCAGGACAAGGGAUCAAUUUAUUGGAAAGAUCAUAAAAUUUGCCCGGAAUAACAGACAUCGCUUGCAUAUACAAAGCAUGUAUGUGAACUAGAAGAAAGAGGUUGUUGCAAAUGGUUCUUGGGUCAGAAAUGGAUUUUUGUUGUAAUUUACACAUUUUUUAAAUAUUAUUUACUCACAAACAAUAAUUUGUCGGCGAAUAGUACUUUUAAAAGUGAGUGUAUUUUUUAAUCAAGCAACUUUUAAUAUGCAUACUUGCUAUAUAUUUGUUUGA